AUGGACUACAGCCCUUUUUCGCACUCACCACCGUGCAGACUCCGCGCAACGGUCGUCCAAAAUAUUCAUCAUUUCUAUGAAUCCCUGGUAACGUCCGCGGGAUGCCCUGCGUCUCAGCAUGAUGCACUUGAGCGCCUCGAGGGCGUAUCUCCCCCAGCAGUCGCGACCCACAUCCCAGCCUUGCCUUCUCAGCCGAACCGCGCCCACAACACGAAUUCUUCCCACGACGAUGACGAAUCCUUGAAGCUCUUCGACGAGCUCAUCGACCCGGACUCUUUCUCUGACGCCUCUUGCACAGCCUCCCGAGGCACCUCUGAAAUUGCUUAUCGUUGUAACGAGCCGGGGUUAGCAAUUGUUUUCCACGACAAAUCCACUAGCCCUUCCCAGAUGGACGCAACAACGACGCCAUCCCCCUCCAUGUCCGGCAGUGGAAGCAGAAAGAGCCCUCUUUCCGAAUUGCCAGUUCAGCAGCCUAACGAAUCUGACAGAGACUCUCGAAUCCUAUCAAUGCCUUCCUCUGAGUCUCCAGAACCCGUAGUGGAUGUCGCCUCUAGCCUGUCGUUGUAUGAGCCCAUAAGAGCCGAGGGUAACCGGCUAGUCCUUCCAACAGCUAGCCUUACUGCGCCAGCAGCGCUCCAAUGCCCGCACUGUGGGGAAUAUUAUGGCUCAGACUCUCCACAGGCUCAGCGUUUCCGGUAA